UCUGGCCAGACGACGCGAUCAAGAUGAUGCUGAUUUUCACAGCUUGUGUUUUUUGGGCGAUUCUCGGGUCCAUCGGUGUGUUUGCUGAUGAACGUCCAGUGAGCUGUUGCCUUAAAAUAGGACGCAGAAAAGUAUCCUUGGACAAAGUAUUGAACUACAGAAUGCAAAUUAGAGGACUGUGUCCCAUAACAGCAGUUGUGAUCCAGACAGUAUCUGGGAAACGACUCUGUUCCGAUCCUAGCAGUGACUGGACAAAGAGAGCAAUGAGGAAGGUGGAUGAAGCAAAGAAGAAGACCAGAGAGCAGGAUCCUGUACCUACAGAAGGAGCAUCGGCAGAGAGGAGCAGAAGAAGGGCAGAUGCAGUGACAGCAACAGAACUGCAACUAAAUAGCCAACAGAGUGACAACAUGACAAGUAAAAGGAACAGCAAAAUACAACCACAAGUGGGACCCAAAGAAAUGAAGAAAAUGUGUAAAAGUAAAAAAGUGUAAGAACAAAAACUGUGAAAAAAUGUGCUAAAAAUGUGUUUGGGCUCAAUUUACUUUUCAUUAAGAAGAGGAAGGCUUUUAAAACUGUGGGUCAGGGAGUGAGUCACUGUUUGCCUCUUUUGGUUUAAAUGAUUCAUUUCACAUUGCAUGUUUAGUUUUUUAUGUUUUUAAAGUUUAGUGUUACAAAUCACGCAAGCAAAUCUAUAGUUUGGUUAUCGCCAGUUUCCUCUUGUCACGCUCGUUUCUGUAUUAAAAGAGCCAAUGCUUCAUUCUUUCAGUUUCUCUCAUAUUCAAUAGCACUUCAUUGUCAUGCACACUCAUAAUGUAAUUAUAACGUGAUUAAUACUGCAUGCGAAUAAAAGAGAUACAAAGUGAACACAAAGAGAAUAUGAUUUUACUAUGCGAUUUAUGAUCUUGGUAAUUAUAACUGCAGUUGUCACGCCAUCACUGCCGUCACCAUCCGAACCUGUCACAUGGUGACGAUGGUCAUGCUUCUGCCUUAGGAAUCCCUUGAUCUCCUGUAUCAUUGAAAGGAAAGCACUAUUAUUUUCUUUCAUUCAUUAUCUUUUGUGUUGGAGUUGCUUCCUAUGUUUGAUCCUAUGGCUGAUUGCCGAUUCCUGUGUUAUUUUAUUAAA